AUGUAUAGUUUGGACAGAAUCUCGGCCGUUACUGGCCUGCUUAUAAAGCAUCAUCUGGUAAAUGUGAUAACUGUGACUAUGCAGGAACUUAUAAUGAGAAUAAAUGUAGAAGUAACUGCGGCGAAGCUUCUCAAAGAUGGUACCACGUUCCUCGUUCGUGGUUGGAACCAACCGGAAAUCUAUUGGUUGUGUUCGAAGAAUUGGGCGGAGAUCCGAAAAAUUUCAUCAAUCAAAUUCGCUAGCUUUGGUACUCUAGUAGGGUCUUGUGGAAACUUUCAUGAAGGAAGCUGCCAUGCUCACAAGUCUUAUAAUGCUUUGGAAAAGAAUUGUGUUGGACAGAACUCGUGCAAGGUAACCGUGUCGCCUGAAAAUUUUGGAGGAGAUCCGUGUCCAAAUGUCUUGAAGAAACUCUCGGUUGAGGCCAUUUGUACCUGA